UCAUUCGCACUGGACACUGCGGACAAAAGCUCACCAUUUGUUUAGAAAAUGUCAAGACGCAGUACCCGUAACACAUUACAAGAAAGGAAUGAAAAUGCACCACAACAAAAAUCGCAGAGAAAAAGAAAAGGCGAGUGCAAUAGAAGAGUCCCAUCAGCAGCUAAGAAACAGCAUUAUGAAAUUCAGAACCGAUGUUUUGAAGGUGAAGUUAGCCCCAGUGUCCUAAUCGAGACUCCACAGAAGGAGGUUCAACAGGAGACCAGUAAUCUAUCUGGAUUCAAGCGCUUUAGAUUCAAGAACCUCUUUGUGAAACCCUCUCCACUGCCAUGCCUCAGCUGGGCCAGUUCUGAUGACGUGUGGAUAAAGAUGCUGAACAAGGAGCUGAAGUAUGUACACGACAAAAGCUUCAUCCAGCAACAUCCAGCUCUGCAGCCCAAAAUGAGGGCCAUUCUGCUGGACUGGCUGAUGGAGGUCAGUGAAGUUUACACUCUCCAUCGGGAGACAUUUUACUUGGCUCAGGACAUCUUUGAUCGCUUUAUGCUCACUCAGAAAGACAUUGGCAAAGAUCAACUGCAGCUCAUCGGCAUAACCUCCCUCUUCAUAGCCUCAAAGAUAGAGGAGAUUUAUCCACCAAAGCUCCAGGAGUUUGCUUAUGUGACAGACGGAGCCUGCAACGAGGAGGAGAUUCUUGCUAAAGAGCUAGUUAUGUUGAAGGCGUUAAGCUGGGAUCUCUGUCCUGAGACCGUCAUCUCAUGGUUAAAGCUCUACUCUCAGGUGGACUCUUUGAAGGAUGAGGCCAAUUUCCUCAUUCCACAGUUCUCGCAGGAAACCUACAUCCAGAUCACACAGUUGUUGGAUCUUUGCAUUUUGGACAUUAAUUCUUUGGAUUACCAGUAUGGAGUCCUUGCUGCUGCUGCAUUUUGUCACUUUACUUCAUUUGAACUGGUCCAUAAAGUAUCAGGGCUCACAUGGGACAGCAUAUCAAACUGUGUGCGGUGGAUGAACCCAUUCGUGCGGACUGUACGUGAAUGGCCCAGACCAGAGCUGAAGGACUUCAAAAAGGUGAAGACGGAUGAUCGACACAACAUUCAGACUCAUGUGGACUACCUGACCAUGCUGAGUGAAGCCCAUGAUCGGCAGCAGGACAGUGUGGACCGCAUGUCUCCACUGGCUGUAGCAGGAAUACUGACCCCUCCUAAAAGCACUGAAAAACCUGCUAACGCCUGACGAGAUUGAGGAGAACAUGUAGCGAGACUACCAAUGGGAGAUCUUCCAGACCAGCACAUCCAGAUACUUUCAGCUAUGUGCGGUACAUUUGGAGGAACCUUUGGAAAUGAAUCCAGGAGCUCACAAACCUUCAGACAUUGGGUGGAAAUGAGGGAGAAACCUACGUUUGGUUUCCCAGAGCAGUAUUUAAAGCACUCGGAAAAAAGUGCCUUCCAUCGAAGAGUGGAUAAAAAUCCAUUUUCUGAAGCUAGAAAAGAAACAUUGAUGAAUGCCUGUUCUUGUUGCCAGAUCAGGGUCUCUGCAAAUGCUGCUGCUUCAUGGAUCUUGUGUUACCAUUUAUGUUGUGUACAUAUGGUUUAAUUUUAUUGAGUGUGUGUGUGUUGUGAAGUGUAUGUUCUGAAUUUUAGCGUUAACGUGGUCCAAUGCCAACCCGUGGUGCUAACGCUGCUUGUUAAACAAGGCGACCCUGUUCAACGAGCAGAAUCGGUUAUCGGCUUAUUUCCUGAAAUCAUCAUUCCCAUGUCUUAAUUAUUCUCCUGCAGUGGAAGACUUUCCUGUAAAACUUGACCCAUCAGAAGUGAGUUUAACCAAACAGAGUUGAAAUAAACUGUAUUUAUUUCAUUUAGGUAGAUUUGUGAUAUUUGAAUUGCAAUUUUUGUUCCUCAAUGCCAAAGGCAUAUUUAAGAAUUUGAGGUGCUUGCUAUUUAUGAAUGAAAUGCCUUUUGUUUAUAGCGCAGCUUGAUUUUAUUGGACUCGAGCCAGCCAUUUGUUUUCAACAUUUUUGAAUAAAAACAGUGUAAAAAAUGUACUAUGAAUUGUACAGAAGAUGUAUACGUGUAAAAAGUAACAGUUUCAAAACUCUGUAACGUGUCAUUCUAAUGUGAAGUUAUUAAAAAGUGAAAUUACAGCCA